AUACUAAAUUUAGCUAAAACCAACAGCAACAGCAGCUUGCAAAGGUCAAAGCCUUCUCUCAUGGAAUUUAAUCAGUCUCUUUAUUAAUUUAAAGCUUAAAAUUCAAAUAUAAUGGCGCACAUGUAGCCCCGAUUACCGAUUACCCGCAGUCCGAGAUACAGUUAUAACCAAAAGGCGUUCCGACAAAGCUGACAAAGGAUUAGGCCGCUCAGCUAAUACCCAGCGAUAUUUACAACUGCAAACAGCUAACAGCCACACACACAGACACACUCAGACGUCAUCGCCAUGGACUUUAAGGAGUAUCGUCAACGGGGCAAGGAAAUGGUCGACUAUAUAGCCGACUAUUUGGAGAAUAUACGCGAGCGUCGCGUCUUUCCCGAUGUGAGUCCCGGCUAUAUGCGCCAGCUGCUGCCCGAGUCGGCGCCCGUGGAGGGCGAGCCCUGGCCGAAGAUCUUUGGGGACGUGGAGCACAUUAUCAUGUCCGGAGUGACACACUGGCAGUCGCCGCAUAUGCACGGCUACUUUCCGGCGCUGAACUCGAUGCCGUCGCUGCUGGGCGACAUGCUGGCGGAUGCCAUCAAUUGCUUGGGCUUCACCUGGGCCAGCUCGCCGGCGUGCACGGAGCUGGAGAUUGUUGUGAUGAACUGGCUGGGCAAGAUGAUUGGGCUGCCGGACGAGUUCCUGCACCUGAGCAACAACUGCAAGGGCGGCGGCGUCCUGCAGACAACGGCCAGCGAGGCGACCCUGGUCUGCCUGCUCGCGGGACGCACCCGGGCCAUACAGCGCUUCCAUGAGCGCAAUCCCGGCUACCAGGAUGCGGAGAUAAAUGCCCGCCUCGUGGCCUACUGCUCGGAUCAGGCGCACUCAAGCGUGGAGAAGGCCGCCCUGAUUGGACUCGUGCGUAUGCGCUACAUUGAGGCGGACGAGCAGCUGGCCAUGCGAGGCAAACUGUUGCGCGAGGCCAUCGAGGACGACAUUAAGCAGGGCCUGGUCCCAUUCUGGGUCUGUGCCACGCUCGGCACCACGGGCAGCUGCAGCUUUGACAAUCUGGAUGAGAUUGGCAUCGUGUGUCGCGAGUACAACCUGUGGCUGCACGUGGACGCGGCGUAUGCGGGCAGCGCCUUCAUCUGUCCCGAGUUCCGGACCUGGCUGCGGGGCAUCGAGCGCGCCGAUUCGCUGGCCUUCAAUCCCUCCAAGUGGCUGAUGGUGCACUUUGAUGCCACGGCAAUGUGGGUGCAGGACAGCACCGCGGUGCAUCGCACCUUCAACGUGGAGCCCUUGUAUCUGCAGCACGAGAACUCCGGGGUGGCCGUCGACUUUAUGCACUGGCAGAUUCCGCUGAGCCGCCGCUUCCGGGCGCUCAAAGUGUGGUUUGUGCUGAGAUCCUUUGGCAUCAAGGGCCUGCAGCGCCACAUUCGUGAGGGCGUACGCCUGGCGCAGAAGUUCGAGGCGCUGGUCCUCGCCGAUCAUCGCUUCGAGCUGCCGGCCAAGCGUCAUCUGGGCCUGGUCGUGUUCCGCAUACGCGGCGACAACGAGAUCACCGAGCGGCUGCUCAAGCGCCUGAACUACCGGGGCAACCAGCACUGCGUGCCGUCCUCUCUGAAGGGACAGUACGUGAUUCGGUUUACCAUCACCUCGACGCACACGACGCUCGACGACAUUGUCAAGGACUGGAUGGAAAUCAAGCAGGUGGCCUCCCAGGUGCUCGACGAGAUGAACAUCACCAUCUCGAAUCGCGUCUAUCUGAAGGAUACCAAGGAGAAGAGCGAAGCGUUCGGCUCCAGCUUGCUGCUCUCGAAUUCGCCGCUGUCGCCAAAGGUGGUGAACGGUUCGUUUGCGGCCAUCUUUGAUGCGGACGAGUUUCUGGCCAAGACCUAUGCGGGAAUACGCAUUGCGCACCAGGAAUCGCCAUCGACGCGUCGCCGGGUGCGCGGCAUACUCAUGUCCGGCAAACAGUUCUCGCUGGACUCGCACAUGGACGUGGCCGUGGUGAGCACCACGCUGGACAGCAACCAUGCCGACAACUCGCACGGCCGUGAGCCUGGGCAGCCGGCGGUCGGCCAGGCCAGCAUACGCGAGGAUGUGGAUAGCGAGGAGUCCGCGGCGGAAGAAACUGAGCUGCUGCAGCUAAACCAGCGACGCGGAAGCAGCCAGACGAGCACCAACACCCAGUCAAGCAACCUUAGUCACAAUCACAAUCACAACCAGAAUCACAACCACAAUGCCACGCCCGCCAAUCACUUCCGCCCCAUUGCAUUGUGGACGCCCCAGUCGCCGCCCGAGCUAGGCAGGCUGUUUAUGCCCCUUGGGGAGUGUCACAUGUACCAUGGCAAGCGAUUCCUGGAGCCCGUCACCAGCCUCAUCGACAACAGUUCCUUUACCAGCAGCAUCAAUCACAUGCCCACGCCCAUAACAACGCCCACGGAUCCGGUUGGGCCGCUCUUCAGUUUCGAGGACGGCGACUGGCCAGCGAGGACCUUCGGCCAGCUGCUGCUGGAACGAUAUGCCAACACAUCCCCGCGGUCAGCCGACGCCGACUCGUCCACGGACAGCAGCAGCCUGAGCCUGGCCGGAGCUACCACGCCCACACCGAGUCGCCUCAGCAGUCCCAAUGACCUGGCCUCGCCGCUGCUCGGUUCGUUUGCAUCGCAGUCGCAGUCGCGGUCGGCGUCGCAGUUGCUGCAUUCGGCGUUGGGCGCAUCAAAGUUCAGUGAUUCGGAUGCGACUAUUUGCUCGGCUGCCUCAUCGCUGGAGUCCUUAUAAGCAUAAUAAACUAAAUAAUAUAAUUUAUAUAUACUCCAUAUUCGAAUAUCUAAACAAAAGCAAUCCUUCACUGCUGUGCAAUCAAUAAUCUUAGCUAACGUAGUUCCAAUUCGCGUCUAUAUAUAUGUAUGUAUGUAUAUGUAUGUAUAUAUAUGUAUGUAUCUAUACCCCUAUAUGAAACAGCCGCAGAUCUCGCUCUAGGCCCAUGUAUUAUAUAAUAUCUAACAAAACUGAAGCGUUGACUCAUCCAUGUGAGUUGGGAUCUGUGCUUAAAGAGAACUAAUCGGUAGAGCUGAAAACCAGCCUAACAAAACAUAAUACUUAUAUAAUACCUAUAUGAUCUAACCAUAUCCUUUAUAUAUACAUAGAUGUACAUUUAUUUUACUCCUCAAUGUGAUUAAAAU